CUGUGGGGAUGAGGGUGGCUUCGACGCUGCGACCCUGAGCGAGAACGGCACCAUGCUCUUCUUCAGAGGAGGGGACGUGUGGGAGACAUCGCGGGAGGGACCCCAACUCCACAGCCGCCCCCUGGCCACGUCCUGGCCGGAGCUGGAGGGCCCCGUGGACGCAGCGCUGCGCAUCCACCGCCAAGAUCGCCCCGAGGAGCACCAGAACCUCUACCUCUUCCAGGGUGAGAAGGUCUGGUCCUACGCUGGGGGGCAGCUGCGCCCUGGUUUCCCUCGGCGCAUCGGGGAUGAGUUCCCGGGGGUCCCCGGGGAUCUGGACGCGGCUGUGGAGUGUCACCCUGAGGAGUGUGGCGGGGAGACCGUGCUCUUCUUCAAGGGGGAUACGGUGUUCUCCUUUGACUUGGAGCUGCGGGUGACAAAAGAACACACUUGGUCGAAGCUGGGGCCGUGUGACGCGGCGCUGCGCUGGUUGGAGCGCUACUACUGCCUGCAGGGCACCCGCUUCCAGCGCUUCAACCCCCGCACUGGGGAGGUGCCCCUCGGGUACCCCCGUGAUCUCCGCGACUACUUCAUCCCCUGCCCUGGCCGAGGGCACGGGAACGCCUCAUGGGGCAAUGCUGGUGACCGCUGCAGCGGGGAGCCCUUCCAGGCCAUCACUUCUGACGACAGCGGCCGCAUCUAUGCCUUCCGUGGUGGGCUGUCGUUCCGGCUGGACUCAUGGCGGGAUGGGUGGCACGCGUGGCCGCAGGCGCACAGCUGGCUGGGCCUGCAGGGUGACGUGGAUGCCGCCUUCUCCUGGGAUAAGCGCAUGUAUCUGAUCCAGGGCUCGCAGGUCUCCAUCUACCUCUCGGGCCAGGGCCACCAGCGGGUAGAGGGGUACCCACGGGCUCUGCAGGAGGAGCUGGGGGUCCCCGCGGCAGAUGCCGCCUUCACCUGCCCUGGAUCCGCGGAGCUCUACGUCAUCUCAGGGAACCGUGUGUGGCGGGUGGACUUGACACAGAGCCCACGGCGGGCGGACGAGCCACAGCCUCUGCCCCAUGAUGGUGUGGAUGGGGCCAUGUGCACGGCUGAGGGCAUCUACCUGCUGCACGGGGACAGCUACCACCGCUACAAGGACGUGGCCGAGCUGCUGGCCGCCCGCCUGCCUGCCCCCCCCCGCAGCAUCGCGGCCGAUCUGUUCCGCUGCGCACAGUGAGCGCGGCCCCCGACCCCCAGGGUGCAAUAAAGGCUACGGAGCCCCUGCCCCACUC